GGGGGGGGGGGGGGGGGAUGCCUUGGCUUCUGCUUCUUCCGCUUCCCAAUUCCGUGAAAGGAAUUCCUAAUCCGUGCGGCUCCGUCGUCCUCGUUUCUUCCACCCGGCGGCCAUCAGCCAAUCCGCCACGGCCGUGCCAGCCAGGCGAAAAGGCCACCUCCUCCCCCUUGCCCUUUCCCUUUCCCAGCCAGCCUUUGACCGCAGAUUCCCGCUCCAACCUUCCCUUCCCUUCCACCCGAGCGAGCCCCGUGGCAUAAAUAUAGAUACCUCUUUGGAAUACCCAUCCAUCUUCAGCGUCAAAGGGAGAGGGAGGCGAGCCUCAGCCCUCAGGAAGGAGCAAUGGCGGCGGAGUCGCUGUCCGGUUUCUUGGACAUCCGCGCGGCGGCGCCGUUCCUGGUGGCGGCGGUGGCCUUCUACUUCCUGGUGGAGCAGCUGUCGUACCACCGCAAGAAGGGCCCCCUGCCGGGCCCGCCGCUCGUCGUGCCGUUCCUCGGGAGCGUCGCCCCCAUGAUCCGCGACCCGACGGGGUACUGGGACGCGCAGGCGGCGCGCGCCAAGAAGUCCGGCGCGGGGCUCGCCGCCGACUUCCUGGUCGGGCGGUUCAUCGUCUUCAUCCGCGACUCGGAGCUGUCGCAGCGCGUGUUCGCCAACGUCCGCCCCGACGCGUUCCACCUCAUCGGCCACCCCUUCGGCAAGAAGCUCUUCGGGGAGCACAACCUCAUCUACAUGUUCGGCGAGGAGCACAAGGACCUGCGCCGCCGGAUCGCGCCCAACUUCACGCCGCGCGCGCUCUCCACCUACGCCGCCCUCCAGCAGCGCGUCAUCCUGGCGCACCUCCGGCGGUGGCUGGACCGGAGCGCCGCCGAGGGCGGGCGGGCCUUCCCCAUACGGGUGCCCUGCCGCGACAUGAACCUGGAGACCUCGCAGACGGUGUUCGCGGGGCCGUACCUCACCGGGGAGGCGCGGCGGCGGUUCGAGCGGGAUUACAACCUCUUCAACGUCGGCCUCAUGGCCCUGCCCGUGGACCUGCCCGGGUUCGCGUUCCGGCGCGCGCGGCAGGGCGUGGCGCGGCUGGUGCGCACGCUGGGCGCGUGCGCGCGGGAGAGCAAGGCGCGCAUGCGCGCCGGCGGCGAGCCCGAGUGCCUGGUGGACUACUGGAUGCAGGACACGCUGCGGGAGAUGGAGGAGGCCGCGGCGGCGGGGCGCCCGCCGCCGGCGCACACAGACGACGAGGAGAUCGGCGGGUUCAUGUUCGACUUUCUGUUCGCGGCGCAGGACGCGUCGACGUCGUCCCUGUGCUGGGCGGUGUCGGCGCUGGACGCCCACCCGGAGGUGCUGGCCCGCGUGCGCGCCGAGGUGUCGGCGGUGUGGUCGCCCGAGUCGGGCGAGCCCAUCACCGCGGAGGAGAUCCAGGCGAUGCGGUACACCCAGGCGGUGGCGCGCGAGGUGGUCCGGCACCGGCCGCCGGCGACGCUGGUGCCGCACAUCGCGGGCGAGGCGUUCGAGCUGACGGAGUGGUACACGGUGCCCAAGGGCGCCAUCGUGUUCCCGUCGGUGUACGAGUCGUCGUUCCAGGGGUUCCCGGAGGCGGAGGCGUUCGACCCGGAGCGCUUCUUCUCCGAGUCGCGGCGGGAGGACGUGGCGUUCAAGCGCAAUUUCCUGGCGUUCGGCGCCGGGCCGCACCAGUGCUUGGGGCAGCGCUACGCGCUCAACCACCUGGUGCUCUUCCUGGCGCUCUUCGUGUCGGUGGUGGACUUCCGGCGGGAGAGGACGCCGGGGUGCGACGACCCGGUGUACAUGCCGACCAUCGUGCCCAAGGACGGCUGCGCCGUUCACCUCGCGCAGCGCUGCGCCAAGUUCCCGACUUUCUGAGGACGAGGCCAAUGUGCCAUUCAUUCCAAUUCCCUCCCCUCCCCUCUCUGGGUUCGGCUCCACCAUUGAACUUUUUCUUUUCGAUUUCUUGGCGGGGGCCGGCAGGUCGUGCCUCCUCUGUCGCCGUGGUGCUUGGUGGUGGUGAUGAUUUGUAGGUUGUGGUGUUGGCUUGCUCGUGUCCGCUCUGCUCUAAUGGCGGGGACACUCCAUUCAAUUAUUUUGUUGGCAAUUGGUUGGCUUUGGUUGGGUUCGGGACUCGAUCUGCAGCUGCUCAUCGGGGCCCCAGCCUGUCCAGAGGAGGAGGAAGGAGAUGGUAGCAGUAUCAGUGUGAAUGAAUACUUGUAGUACAAGUGGUGGGUUGGUGACUGCAUCUGUACUGUUUGGCUGGUGAGCUGCUCCGUCUCGCUCAAUCAUGGAAACUGCUCUGCUCGUUUCGUGGA